AGGGGGAGCAUGGGGAGUGGUGGCGGGCUCUGCGUUCCGACCGCCCCGGAGGCGGGGCCUCGGCUUCCCAACCUCCUUCCGCGUGUCCGGGUCUGGGCCUGGGUCCCCCACGUGUGUGCAUCUGUGCUUGCGCGCGCGUGUGGCCGGCGCGUAAUUUGCAGACGCUCCCCGGCCGGCGUGGCCGGAGAGAACGUCCGGUGCAGUGGCCUGCGCGGCGGCCGCCCCAUCCCGGUGCGCACCAUGCCGGACUCUUGUCGAGAUGCCCAGCCCGACCUCUACCGCGACACGUGGGUGCGCUACCUGGGUUAUGCCAAUGAAGUGGGAGAGGCCUUCAGAUCGAUUGUGCCCACUUCCAUGGUGUGGCUGAGUUACGGGGUGGCCAGCUCCUAUGUGGUGGCCGAUGCUGUGGACAAGGGCAAGAAGACCGGAGCUGCCCUGAGCCCAGAGUCGGGCAGGACCACCAAGAUAGCGGUGGCCGUGGUCGAUACAUUUGUCUGGCAGGCGCUGGCUUCUGUGGCCAUCCCGGGCUUCACCAUCAACCGUCUGUGCGCCACUUCUCUCUAUGUCCUCAGCAGAGCCACCAGCUGGCCUCUGGCUGCCUGCAAGUGGACGACCACAGCCCUGGGGCUGAUGGCCAUACCUGUCAUCAUUCACCCCAUCGACAGGUCAGUGGAUUUCCUGAUGGACUCCAGCCUCCGCAAACUCUACCCUUCUCAUGAGAAGCCCAGCUCUUCUUGAUGCCUCCAGCCCUGCCUUGGGCCCAGCUUUGCCCGCAUGCCAACUGAUGUCCCAUCCUCCUGGGAACCUCCAAAGUGGGGGCCUGGGGACCUGAAAUCGUUGGAGCUCAGAUCAUUUGGUCCAACCCCUCAUUCAGUAGAGGAGGAGACUGAUGGCCAGAGUGGAGGGAAGCACAUUCCCUAGGUUUUACUGUGAAGUCAGUGGUCAAGCCAGUUCCUGGGACUGCUGGGUUGUGGUUUCUCCCCCCCCCCCAACUAACACUGUGUAAGAAGCAUCACCCUCCCCCCACCACACCCU